GUCGUAAUUCUUUGACUCGUUUGAAUUAUGUGUUGCGCCAAAAUGUUUAUGCAAAUGUGCUGCUUAAUAGUAAUGUGUAUUUGUACAUAAACAUUCUCGAGAACCAUGCUAAGUUCCUUUUGGAUUUAUCAUAGUUUUAUAAACUUAUAUUUCAUAAUGUGGCAUUUUAUAACAAUAUGAUCUUACCAGUCCCAGAAUAAAACGAAAUGUGAAGUUGAUGUAGACUGUCAAAGUAACUGAAGAUUAGCCCCAAAGACUCGAAAUGCAUCGUGCAUUUUAAUAAAAUCACGAUUUGUGGCUGAAGGUGGUUGUUCUGUACUGAGGGCCCUUUGUGUUCCAGUAGACUUUUUUCUUACCUCUUGGACAAAAGAAUUUCCUCCCAAAGCUUGUGACGGCCUGGCCUGUAGUCUACUUUCUGCAGACACUGCCUAGAGCUGUGCCAGUGGCCUGUAGCUGUUAGGGCUGUGUGCAGGCGGCGGACAGGCAGCUGCUGGGAGUGAUGCGACACUGGCUGCUGCUGGGAGAUCUGGAGCCCCAGCAGUUCCCGCAGCUGGCGCUGGACUCCAGCGUGACGCUGCUGUCUGGAAAACGUGCCGCUUCCGUCAGCUGGCUGGUGCGCUACGCUUAUGGGUUGGGCGAGCGCCUCGUGCUUUCAGAGCCCGCUGCUUGGCAACAGGGACAGCCCAUGCCAGCGCCGCCAUCGCGCAACAACCUGCAGGGACUCGCUAUCAAGGCUGGCAUCGUGAAACUGAACGACAAUUUCUCACAUUACGACGACCCCAGUUACCGCCAUCUGGAUACCUGGAGCAAGCUGUACUACGCCAUAUCCAAGGUAGCAGCUGCACGCCUCAACUACACGCACAACAUCGUAUUUGCGAACCAGUGGGGCAUGCGAGUGUCCCCUGGGGUGUUCAACGGUCAGGUGGGUCAACUGCAGAGGGGCGAGAUAGAACUGGCCCUGGGAUUCGCUCUGCGCCGGGACCGCAUCGACGUCAUCGACUACACGACGCCGCCUGGACGAUUUCAGCCGGCGUUCAUGUUCCGAGAGCCGUCGCUGGCGGCGGUGAGCAACGUGUACACGCGGCCCUUCUCGCGCGGCGUCUGGCUCAGCUACUCGCUGGCGGCGCUGCUGCUCGCUCUCUUGGUGGUCGCCUCGCAGCGGCUGCUGGCCAGGGCGCAGGGGUUGCUCGACGAGAACACGGACCCUGCCGUCGCGCCGCCGUGGACUGACGUGCCGCUCGUCGCCUUCAGCAUCGUCUGCGAGGAAGGAAUGCAGGACCCGCCGCAGAACGUGUCGUCGCGCAUCCUGCUCAUGUUCCUGCUGGUGCUGGCCGUCUUCCACGUGACGGCCUACUCUGCCUGCAUCGUGUCGCUGCUGCAGCUGCCCAGCGGCUCCAUCAACGCCCUCGACUCGCUCUUCGGCUCCAAGCUACGCGUCGUCAUGCACGACCUGCCCUACAACUUCAACUACGGAAACGAGACGAAGGACCCGCUUACCCGGUCGUUCUAUCAAGAGCGCGUGUACCCGCAGCCGUACCGCAAGGUGUUCAAGCCGCUGGAGGAGUGCGUGGCCAUGAUGCGGGAGGGCCGCUUCGCUUGCCACGCCGACGAGGCGGCCUACAAGGUGAUAGGCGACACGUUCCUCGAAGCGGAGAAGUGCAGCCUCAAGUCAGUGCCCAUGUUCCCGCUCAGGGCCAUCAUCAUAGGCGUCCGGAAGCAGUCACCGUACAAGGAAAUACUCUCUGUCACGCUGACUUGGCUGCGAGAGACGGGUAUGACGCAGCGCGAGUGGACGCGGUGGGUGGCGCAGAAGCCGCGCUGCCUCAACCGCGACAGCGGCUACGCAGAGGUGGGCCUCACCGAGGUCUCGCCCGCGCUGCUCAUGCUGUGCUACGGCGUCGCCGCAUCCCUGACGGCGCUCCUGCUAGAGCUGCUGCUGCACAAGCUGGUAGCCGCCAGGCAGGGGCACCACAAGAGGCAGCCGAAGCCCGCCACCGACAACACGCUGGUGCCCAGGGCAUUCCUGCGUUGAGAACUCUGCUGCAGGACACACUAUAUGCCAUGCUGCCUAAUGUAUUUUGGACCUAGAUAAGAGUCACACUAUCUAAUAGCUUGUAGGAGGCCACUGCCACGUGAAAAUUUAUUUGCAAUAGAGUCUAGAACCUUAUCACAUCACAUAGUAGAACACAAACCGUUUAUUGUUGUGUUUCCACUCUACUGAGCAUACCCGCAGCGAAGUGGACCUAUUGCGAGAGCUUCACCUGAUUUUUAUCUGUUGUACUGAUGGUCUUUGGGGCAGUAUAAUUAAUGAGACAUCGAGAUAAAUGAUGACUUCUCAGGGCAGCUUAACAGCGCACUUGGGCAGUCAGUUAGGAGCGACGCAUUUCCUUGUAUCUUAUACGGCAGCGACGUAUAGGUGUUUGGGUGGUUUCCGUCCCAGAUGUCUCAAAUUAACCUGUUCCAAACAGGUGUUUAAGACGACUAUAUGUCAUCCGAUGAAAAGUAUACAGACGCCUAUCAGUGGAUGUAGGGUGUAUGCCUUGGCCUUGAGCUCUGGCAGGGACACUUUCAAUAAGACAUUGGAAUGCCAGCCCAUUCUUUCUCAAGAGCGGAAAUCAGGGACGGUAGAGAUCCUGUAUGCUAGGGUCUGGGGCAAAGUUGACAUUCUAACUCAUCUCGAGUAUAUUCCGUUUGGUCCAGGUCCGGACUCCAUCUCCUCUGUACAUCAUUGGUGGCACUACACACAACGGAAGGUGAAAUUCUCCAGGAAUUCGCCAAGCCGAAACCAUUCCAUCGGAUUCUCACACUAUAUAGCAGGAUUAAUCAUUUCAGAUCACUCGUUUCCAGUCAUCCAUUGUCAUUGGCGUCGCUCUUUGCACCACGACAAGUGUCACUUAGCACGGCCUAUAGAAUUGUGUGAAUUUUGAGGAGCUGCUCGAUUAUUAUACCCCAUUAUUUUUAGCUCCCUACGCUCACCCAUCGUGCUAGCUGGAUUGCUGGUAGUACUUUGGAACUUACGAGUGAUUCCUCCCGCUGGUAAUGCUUGACGGUCCCUGUCCGUCGGUACCUGAGGUCUCCCCGAUCCUGGCGUGGCUGUGAUGAUUCCUUCGGGUUUCGACUUCCGAAUCACGCCGACAACAGUCAACUUGAGCUACUCUGGAAGGAUUGCGAGGCCAGCCGUUGUGGCCGAGCGGUUCUAGGCGCUUCAGUCUGGAACUGUGCUGCUGCUAUGGUCGCAGGUUCGAAUCCUGCCUCGGGUAUGGAUGUGUGUGAUGUCCUUAGGUUAGUUAUGUUUAAGUAGUUCUAAGUUCUAGGGGACUGAUGACCUGAGAUGUUAAGUCCCAUAGUGCUCAGAGUCAUUUGAGCCAAGGAUUGCAACAUCCCUGUUGGAUUUUUUGCUCCAUUGGCAACCAGUGACCAGUCUACAUUCGAAAUCACUGUGCUCUCCUGACCGAUCCAUCCUGCUGUUACUGCUUGUCUACUGACAACAAAACACUCCUUUUGUAACGAAUGUCUUCGUAGAGUUUGCUGAGCCAAACGUUCUCGUCUCAUGGAUGGAUCAUCAUCAACAAUGGUGUAGUCCUUGACCCGGUGAGACUCUCUGGAGAGGCUUCAGAUUUACCUAGAACUCUUGCGUUAAGUUGCUGAGCUGUCCAUUCUACACAAUAUUCUUCAUUACUAGGAAAUAAAACCAAAAUACCAGCUACGAGUCUUGGCACUGAAACAGUAACCUUAAACUGUUAGUACUGCUAUGCACAAAAUCAAACUAGUUUCAAAUCAACGACCAUGAAAGAUGUUUCCGUGACUGAGACCGUGAAUGGCCUGUAUCCUAGAAAUAUAACGGCCGACUCGUAGCCGCCAAACAACCUGACAUCUCUACUCGAAUUUGGUUCGACGAUAGGAAAGUAAAUAAACGUCAUGGGACACCCCUUCUCUGUAUGAGGCUGGAACACGAAAUGGCAUGCACUGAGUACAAGGCCGCAUAAGAAAAACUGUACAGGAAAGUGGUUGCAAGAUGUUUUCCCAUGCCUACAAGUGUUACCUCCUUACACUACAGAUUCUAUGUAAAUAAGUACAGUUUGAUAGCGGAUACUUAAAAGAAACUGAUAUACAGAUUUAAUUUGGUACUGUAGGUCUACGUGGACAUUCCAAAACUAGAAAUUUUUUUUAAUAUUCCUUAUUAUUACACAAAAUAUGGAUCUCUUCAAAAAUAGUCAACAGUUGCAUAGAAUGACUAGAUUUUCGAUAGUACUACCAAACUCAAGAAAUUUUAGCUACGACCACCUAUGCUUGUACUAUUUUGCAGAUUUUAAUUAAUGUACAAUGAACUUGUUUUCUUCUUCUGCAGCUCCGAUAAUUACGUGUUACAGAACUAAACGAAUCGAAAUAAUAUGAAUGAGAUUAUUGCUACAAAAAAGAGCUAAAAUAUUUUUAAAAAAUUCCACUUGCGUUGCCUGAUAUAGUUUUUGAAAUUUUUUUUCAUUAGAUCUCUAAAUAAUAUAAACAGAUAUUGAAGUACACAGGUAAAUAUAACUUAUAUGCGUUGACUGAACAAAAAAAUAUCAGAAGAAUCUUAGUGAAGAAGAUAAUGCCACUUACUUCUCCCUCGUUCCUUUUAUUGAAUUUCGUCAGUAGAAUGGUCAAAACGGGAAAGAACGAAGAACAGAGGGUCUGUGUGUUUGGGGGGGGGGGGGGGGGAGGGGGGGAGGGGGAAGUGGUGGAAUGGGAAAGUGAAGGUGUGGGAAGGGGAGGGGGAUAGGUUCGAAGGUACUUCCACAAUCUGGAAAAAAAAUUAUCCAGAUGAAUGAAUGAGGGGCCAAAGGAGCAUAUAUUUCGUCGUUCCUACCUGUAACACUUCUAUUGGCGCCACACGUCACUACCUUACUUCCCGUGAUUCUGGAUCUCGUUACCUCCUCUCAUCGCAUCUUUUUCUGAUUCUCAGUCAUUAAAUGGUUCGAUAAAAUGUUAAGUGGUGAAAUCUUACUGCUACACCGGAUGGAAUUUAAUAACAAUGUGUCAUAAGAGACACUAUUAAUUUUAGAAUAAUUAGAAUGUUUAAUGAUGGAGGAGACCUGUGUAGCCAAGACUUGAUUUAUUUUGGACAUAACAUUCUGGCUGCAAAUUAUACUGACUGACAGUAAUACUGAUGCCACUCCCGAAGAAUAGGAGAAAAAGUACUCUAAUGGUGAAAGUUAGGUAGCCCAAAAAAGAAGAAAAAUGAAUACACAAUCAGUAAGAGAAAGAAGACCUAAUUCUAAGGUAGAGGCUGGCACAUGGUGAAGAUAGAGUUGAGAGCUCAGUUUCUAAUGUGUUCCUGAACGUCAGCUAGGCUUUAUAUUUGCUUUCAUUUAUUGCGUUUAUUCGCGUGUCAACCACUACAGAUUUACAAUACAUUUUUUUAUCUCUUCUGUUUCUGUAGCACUGCAGAAUGACUUCAUAGUCAGUGUCUUACCUUCACUUUAUUCAGGGGGAUUUCAAACUGUUGAUUUUAAUCAAC